AUGAUAACCUCAAUCCUGCUGGGCAAAAAGAGGAUGAUUCUAUCAGCUAUGGUAACAGCUGGCAAGUGCCUGGUGGUGCUAGCCCUGCCAUGUCCAAGCAACAGUCAUUACGAGCAAUGUGGUACAUCAUGUCCAGCCACAUGUUCAAACCCAGGAUUCCCAUCCAUUUGCAAUCUCCCCUGUGCUGAGGGAUGUGUCUGUGACAAAGGAUAUGUACUUCUAGAUAGGAAAUGUGUUCCAGAUUCACAGUGCCAAGGGUGCUGGGAUGGAGAUAAACAUUAUCCUUUAGGCUCUGAAUUCUGGACAGAUGACACUUGUUCUGUGCAAUGCAGUUGUCCAUCAACAGGAAGUGGAUUAGAGUGUCAUCCAGCUUCUUGCCCAGCUGACAAAUACUGUGGCAUAAACAAUGGAAAACCUGACUGCUAUGACCUAACUUUUGGUAACUGCAUCAUCUAUGGAGAUCCACAUUACACUACAUUUGAUAAAGAAGUUCAUCACUUUAUGGGAGUGUGCACCUAUACACUCUCAAAACUCUGUAGUAAUUCCACUUCUUCUCUGCCAUAUUUUAAUGUGGAAGCAAAGAAUGAACAUCGUGGCAACCCAACAGUGUCAUAUGUGCAAAAAGUUAUAGUAGAUGUCUAUGAUCAUCGAAUAACAAUUGUGAAAAAUGAACCUAAUCGUGUCCAGGUAAAUGGUGUUUGGGCAAUUCUUCCAGUCAAUUUGCUAAAUGGAUCUUUAACAGUAACCCGAAGUGGAAGAUAUGUCUUGUUAGAGACUGAUUUCAAACUCACAGUUGCAUAUGAUAAUGAUUAUACAGCGGAGGUGAAUGUCCCAAGCACCUAUUUCAAUCAAACCUGUGGAAUGUGUGGAAACCUUAAUGGGGACAGAAUAGAUGACUUCAUGAUGCCUAAUGGACAACAAGCACAAAACUCUAAUCAACUUGGAGACAGCUGGAAAGUAGAUGAUGAUGACCCAUCGUGCACGCCAGUUCCUCCACCUCCAAUUUGUCCACCCGAGCAGGAAGAGUUUUAUACGAGAGAUACCUACUGUGGCCUUAUAACAAGUAAAGAUGGUCCAUUCCAGGCUUGCCAUUCUGUAAUCAACCGAGACAGAUUCCUGAGUGGCUGUGUGUUUGACCUGUGUGUCCUUGGUGAUGCUGCUCUGUGCACUGCAUUAGCGACAUAUGCUGAUGCCUGCCAACGGGCUGGAAUUAGCAUUACUUGGAGAAACUCAACAUUCUGCCCCCUCGAGUGUCCUGCUAACAGUCACUAUAACCCAUGCUCAAGUGCCUGUCCUGCCACCUGUGUGGAUCAAACUGCGUCAAACAAUUGCAGCAAGCCAUGCAUUGAGGAUUGUGAGUGUAAUCUUGGCUUUGUUCUAAGUGGAAGCACCUGUGUUUCUGUCAGUGACUGUGGAUGCUUUUACAAUGGCAAAUACUAUCAGAAAGGAGACACGUUCUGGCAAGGAGAAUGUGAUGGGCAAUGUACAUGUUUUGGAAACAACAAUGUGACCUGCAAUGACAAGCAAUGUGGACCCAAUGAAAUAUGCAAAGUUCAGGGUGGUGUUCUAGGAUGCACCCAGGCAGACUUUACCAUCUGUCAUAUUCAUGGUGACCCUCACUACAUCACAUUUGAUGGCAAACUGUACCAUUUCCAAGGAGCUUGUACUUAUACCACUGUGGAGACCUGUAAAAACUCAUCUGUUGACUUCUCAGUCACAACGAGGAAUGAGCACAGAGGAAGCUUGACCUGGACAGCUUUGAAUUCAGUUGCUCUUAGAAUCGGAGACCUGCACAUUGUCCUGGGCAAGAACAAAAUAGUUUACGUCAAUGGAAGCCAGGUUACUUUGCCAGUAAAUUCAAUCCCUGGUAUCUCAAUAUAUUUAAGUGGUUCCUAUGUUGUUCUCCAAGCUGACAUUGGCCUUGAAGUAAAAUUUGAUGGAGACCAUGAACUUUUUGUUAAAGUGCAUGAGAAGUUCAAAGGGCAGCUCUGUGGUCUUUGUGGCACCUAUACUGAUAAUAUACUGGAUGAUUUCCUAAUGCCUAAUGGUUUUCUGGCCUUUAACUCAAAUGAGUUUGGUAACAGCUGGCGGGUACCAGAUGAUGAUUGGGUGUGUGAAGAUGAUGUGGUUGAUCCUCCCCCGUGUAAUGCUGCUGAUGAGAAACAAUAUGAAGAGCAAUGCAAAAUCAUUUUAUCAGGCAAUGGUCCUUUCAAGGAAUGUCACUUUUACAUCCUCCCUCAGAUAUACUUUGAGAGCUGCGUCUAUGAUCAAUGUGCCACAGGAGGAGACCUAGAACAGUUCUGCAAUGCCUUAGAAUCUUACGCUGCUGCCUGUGAGGGUGCUGGUGUUAACCUUGGAGACUGGAGAAAGGGCACUGUCUGCGAUGCAAGCACUCCUACCACAGCAUCUACAUAUAGAACAACCACCCCAACCACUGUCACCACAGAAUAUCCUGAAAAGUGUCAAAUGGUCUGCUCAUUUGAUGUGGAUCUUUGCUCUUGGAAACAGUCAACAUCAGAUGAUAUUGAUUGGAUACGUCACAGAGGACCAACUGCAUCUAGCCUGACUGGACCCUCCUUUGACCAUACAACAGGAAAUGGUUUCUAUAUUCAUAUUGAUGGCCGUAAUUCAGCACCUGGAGAUGUUGCUCAAUUAGAAAGUCCUGAGUGUGAAAUUAAUGGGCCUCACUGUUUACGUUUCUGGUACCAUAUGUAUGGUGUGGCAAGGUCCAUGGAACUGAGAGUCUACAUUUUAAGAAAUGCAGUUCUGCAGCUUGUUUCUUCACAGCAGGGCAACAAAGGUGACUUAUGGCGUUUAGAAGAAGUCUCCCUGCCAAAUUCAGGUAGCAUUCAGAUCUUUAUACAAGGUGUUAGAGGUGAAGAUUAUCGUAGUGAUGUUGCUGUUGAUGAUAUCUCUUUUGUCUCUGGACAUUGUGUGGCUCCUACUACCUCUACAACAACCAGAACCACCACAACGACUACCCAAGCCCCACUUCCUCCAGGGUCCUGUGUAAUAUCUGGUGAUCCUCACUACCAAACCUUUGAUAAUCAGCUUCACCACUUUAUGGGAACCUGCAUUUACACUUUAUCAAAAGUGUGUGAGGAUGAUGGACACCUGACAUUUUUCAAUGUGGAAGCAGCAAAUGAGCAUAGAGGGAGCAACACUAAAGUAUCCUAUGUUAAGUAUGUGAAUGUGGAUGUUCAUGGAUACAGGAUCACACUGGAGAAAGAAAGGCAGGUUAAGGUGGAUGGAAUAUCUGUGGUUUUACCAGUCACCCUUACACCAGGAGUUAACAUCUUCCUCAGUGGAAAAAAUGUCCGUGUCACAACAACAUUUGGCCUGAGUGUGAUGUUUGAUGGAAAUCACAGGGUGGAAGUGAUAAUCCCAGGUCAUUAUGGAAAUAAAGUGUGCGGAAUAUGUGGGAAUUUCAAUGGAAAUAUAACUGAUGACUUCUUGAACCCAGAUGGAGAAUUAGAGUCAAACUCUGCUGAUCUUGGUAACAGUUGGCAAGUUGACAAUGACACAAGCUGUUCUCCAGGGACAGUCCAUACCCCAGAUUGUACAGAUGAUGAGAACAAUGUAAUUUCUAGUAACAACUUCUGUGGACUCAUAACUGACACAAAUGGCCCAUUCAGAGAAUGUCACACUGUAAUAAACCCAAAUGUGUAUUUUACUAACUGUCUCUAUGACAUGUGUGAACUGAACAUGGAUCCAGAAUCUCUGUGCAACAGUCUCCAAUCAUAUGCAGAAGCUUGCCAGUCCAAUGGGAUAACCAUACACCCAUGGAGGAACGAGACUUUUUGUCCUCUUCAAUGCUCAUCCAACAGUCAUUACGAGCAAUGUGGUACAGCCUGUCAAGCUACUUGUGUAAACCCAGGAUCGCCAUCCACAUGUACACUUCCCUGUACUGAAGGAUGUUUCUGUAACCCAGGAUAUGUUCUCUAUGACAAGAAGUGUGUCCCAGUUGGCCAGUGUGGGUGUUGGGAUGGUGACAAACAUUAUCCUGUGGGCUCUGAAUUCUGGACAGAUGACACUUGCUCUACACACUGCAGAUGUCCAUCAGCAGGUGGGGGAUUAAUAUGUAGUUCUGCUUCUUGUCCACCUGAUAAGUACUGUGGCAUAACAAAUGGAAAACCUGGCUGUUAUGAUUUGACAUUUGGCAACUGCGUUAUCUAUGGAGACCCUCAUUAUAACACUUUUGACAAAGAAGUUCAUCAUUUCAUGGGAGUAUGCACCUACACACUUUCCAAGUUUUGCAGAAAUUCAACUACUCCUCUGCCAUAUUUUAAUGUUGAAGCCAAGAAUGAACAUCGUGGAAACCCAACAGUGUCAUAUGUACAAAAAGUUAUGGUAGAUGUUUACAAUAACAGGAUAACAAUUGUGAAAAAUGAACCUCACCGUGUAAUGGUAAAUGGUGCUUGGACAACUCUUCCAGUCAUUUUAGUUAAUGGAUCCUUGACAGUGACCCGAAGUGGACGUUAUAUACGGGUGGAAACAGAUUUCAAACUCACAGUUUCAUAUGACACUGAUCAUACAGUGGAGGUAAAUGUUCCAACCACCUACUUCAAUCAGACUUGUGGAAUAUGUGGUAAUCUCAAUGGAGACAGAAAGGACGACUUCAUGAUGCCUAAUGGACAACAAGCACAGAACUCUAAUCAGCUGGGAGACAGCUGGAAAGUGGAUGACGAUGAUCCAUCAUGCACACCGGUUCCUCCACCUCCAAUUUGUCCACCAGAGAAGGAAGAGUUUUAUAAGAGCGAUACAUAUUGUGGCCUUAUAACAAGUAAAGAUGGUCCAUUCCAUUCUUGCCAUUCUGUAAUCAACCCAGACAGAUUCUUGAGUGGCUGUGUGUUCGAUCUGUGUGCCCUUGGUGAUGCUGCUCUGUGCAAUGCAUUAGAGGCAUAUGGUGAUGCCUGCCAAGGGGCUGGAAUUAGCAUCACUUGGAGAAACUCAACAUUCUGCACUCUCAAGUGUCCUGCUAACAGUCACUAUAACCCAUGCUCCAGUGCAUGUCCUGCCACUUGUCUGGACCAGACUGCAUCAAAUAACUGCAGCAAGCCAUGCAUUGAAAGCUGCCAGUGUGAUGAUGGCUUUGUGCUUAGUGGAAGUACUUGUGUUCCUGUCAGUGAUUGUGGAUGUCUUUACAAUGGCAAAUAUUAUCAGAAAGGAGACAUAUUCUGGCAAGGAGACUGUGAAGGACAAUGUACAUGUGUUGGAAAUAACCAUGUGGACUGCAAUGAUAAGACAUGUGAACAUGAUGAAAUAUGCAAAGUUCAAGGUGGUAACCUAGGAUGCUACAAGGCAGACACCACUAUUUGCCAUAUCCAUGGAGACCCACACUACAUCACAUUUGAUGGCAAACUGUACCAUUUUCAAGGAGCUUGUACUUAUACCACUGUGGAGACCUGUAAGAAUUCAUCUGUCAACUUCUCAGUCACAACAAGGAACGAGCAUAGAGGCAGCUUGGCUUGGACAGCUUUGAAUUCAGUUGCUGUUCGCAUUGGGGAUCUGCAUGUUAUCCUAGCCAAGAACAAAAUAGUUUAUGUGAAUGGAAGCCAGGUUACUUUGCCAGUAAAUUCAAUCCCUGGUAUCUCAAUAUAUAUAAGUGGUUCUUAUGUUGUUCUCCAAAGUGACAUUGGCCUUGAAGUCAAAUUUGAUGGAGACCAUGAACUUUUUGUUAAAGUACAUGAGAAGUUCAAAGAGCAGCUCUGUGGUCUUUGUGGCACCUAUACUGAUAAUAUACUGGAUGAUUUCCUAAUGCCUAAUGGUUUACUGGCCUUUGACUCAAAUGAGUUUGGAAACAGCUGGCGAAUUCCUGAUGACGACUGGGUGUGUGAAGAUGAUGUGGUUGAUCCUCCCCCUUGUAACCCUGCUGAUGAGAAACAAUAUGAAGAGCAAUGCAAAAUCAUUUUAUCAGGCAAUGGUCCUUUCAAGGAAUGUCACUUUUACAUCCUCCCUCAGAUAUACUUUGAGAGCUGCGUCUAUGAUCAAUGUGCCACAGGAGGAGACCUAGAACAGUUCUGCAACGCCUUAGAGUCUUAUGCUGCUGCAUGUGAGGGUGCUGGUGUUAACCUUGGAGACUGGAGAAAGGGCACUGUCUGCGAUGCAAGCACUCCUACCACAGCAUCUACAUAUAGAACAACCACCCCAACCACUGUCACCACAGAAUAUCCUGAAAAGUGUCAAAUGGUCUGCUCAUUUGAUGUGGAUCUUUGCUCUUGGAAACAGUCAACAUCAGAUGAUAUUGAUUGGAUACGUCACAGAGGACCAACUGCAUCUAGCCUGACUGGACCCACCUUUGACCAUACAACAGGAAAUGGUUUCUAUAUUCAUAUUGAUGGCCGUAAUUCAGCACCUGGAGAUGUUGCUCAAUUAGAAAGUCCUGAGUGUGAAAUUAAUGGGCCUCACUGUUUACGUUUCUGGUACCAUAUGUAUGGUGUGGCAAGGUCCAUGGAACUGAGAGUCUACAUUUUAAGAAAUGCAGUUCUGCAGCUUGUUUCUUCACAGCAGGGCAACAAAGGUGACUUAUGGCGUUUAGAAGAAGUCUCCCUGCCAAAUUCAGGUAGCAUUCAGAUCUUUAUACAAGGUGUUAGAGGUGAAGAUUAUCGUAGUGAUGUUGCUGUUGAUGAUAUCUCUUUUGUCUCUGGACAUUGUGUGGCUCCUACCACCUCUACAACAACCAGAACCACCACAACGACUACCCAAGCCCCACUUCCUCCAGGGUCCUGUGUAAUAUCUGGUGAUCCUCACUACCAAACCUUUGAUAACCAGCUUCACCACUUUAUGGGAACCUGCAUUUACACUUUAUCAAAAGUGUGUGAGGAUGAUGGACACCUGACAUUCUUCAAUGUGGAAGCAGCAAAUGAGCACAGAGGAAGCAACACUAAAGUAUCCUAUGUUAAGUAUGUGAAUGUGGAUGUUCAUGGAUACAGGAUCACACUGGAGAAAGAAAGGAAGGUUAAGGUGGAUGGAAUAUCUGUGGUUUUACCAGUCACCCUUACACCAGGAGUUAACAUCUUCCUCAGUGGAAAUAAUGUCCGUGUCACAACAACAUUUGGCCUGAGUGUGAUGUUUGAUGGAAAUCACAGGGUGGAAGUUAUAAUCCCAGGUCAUUAUGGAAAUAAAGUGUGCGGAAUAUGUGGGAAUUUCAAUGGAAAUAUAACUGAUGACUUCUUGAACCCAGAUGGAGAAUUAGAGUCAAACUCUGCUGAUCUUGGUAACAGUUGGCAAGUUCAAAAUGACACAAGCUGUUCUCCAGGGACAGUCCAUACCCCAGAUUGUACAGAUGAUGAGUACAAUGUAAUUUCUAGUAACAACUUCUGUGGACUCAUAACUGACACAAAUGGCCCAUUCAGAGAAUGUCACACUGUAAUAAACCCAAAUGUGUAUUUUACUAACUGUCUCUAUGACAUGUGUGAACUGAACAUGGAUCCAGAAUCUCUGUGCAACAGUCUCCAAUCAUAUGCAGAAGCUUGCCAGUCCAAUGGGAUAACCAUACACCCAUGGAGGAACGAGACUUUUUGUCCUCUUCAAUGCUCAUCCAACAGUCAUUAUGAGCAAUGUGGUACAGCCUGUCCAGCUACUUGUGUAAACCCAGGAUCGCCAUCCACAUGUACACUUCCCUGUACUGAAGGAUGUUUCUGUAACCCAGGAUAUGUUCUCUAUGACAAGAAGUGUGUUCCAGUUGGCCAGUGUGGGUGUUGGGAUGGUGACAAACAUUAUCCUGUGGGCUCUGAAUUCUGGACAGAUGACACUUGCUCUACACACUGCAGAUGUCCAUCAGCAGGUGGGGGAUUAAUAUGUAGUUCUGCUUCUUGCCCACCUGAUAAGUACUGUGGCAUAACAAAUGGAAAACCUGGCUGUUAUGAUCUGACAUUUGGCAACUGCGUUAUCUAUGGAGACCCUCAUUAUAACACUUUUGACAAAGAAGUUCAUCAUUUCAUGGGAGUAUGCACCUACACACUUUCCAAGUUUUGCAGAAAUUCAACUACUCCUCUGCCAUAUUUUAAUGUUGAAGCCAAGAAUGAACAUCGUGGAAACCCAACAGUGUCAUAUGUACAAAAAGUUAUGGUAGAUGUUUACAAUAAUAGAAUAACAAUUGUGAAAAAUGAACCUCACCGUGUCAUGGUAAAUGGUGCUUGGACAACUCUUCCAGUCAUUUUAGUUAAUGGAUCCUUGACAGUGACCAGAAGUGGACGUUAUAUACGGGUGGAAACAGAUUUCAAACUCACAGUUUCAUAUGAUACUGAUCAUACAGUGGAGGUAAAUGUUCCAACCACCUACUUCAAUCAAACUUGUGGAAUAUGUGGUAAUCUCAAUGGAGACAGAAAGGACGACUUCAUGAUGCCUAAUGGACAACAAGCACAGAACUCUAAUCAAGAAGGAAGAGUUUUAUAA